AUGGAGAAUUCUUCAAUGAAUUUGCAAGAGCAAGAGCUUUAUCGAUCUAAGUUCCAAUGGCACGACUACGUCCUCUUUGCAAUCAUGGUGUUAAUCAGUGUGUUUCUUGGAAUCUACCAUGGAUAUUUCAGCAAGAAGCAGAGCGUCAACGAUUACCUAACUGGAAGCAGAAACAUGAAAGUGAUACCAAUUGCAUUUUCUCUAACGGCAAGCUUAGUUUCAGGAGUUAGUAUGGUGGCGUUACCAGCGGAUAUAUACAUUUUUGGAGCUACAAACAUCCUGAUUCCCAUACUCGUACCAGUGGUUCUGCUCUUCAGUUGCCAAUACGUUUUGCCAGUCUUGUAUCAUCUUAAACUUACUAGUAUAUACGAAUACAUAGAGUUAAGAUUUGAUCAGAGGAUGAGGGUCAUAGCGUCGUUUCUUUACAUCCUCUACAUGGUGCCAACUCUUCCAGCUAUGCUCUACGUACCAGCACUUGCUUUGUCGCAAGGGACCGGCUUCAAUGUCCAUUAUUUCACAGUUUCCAUGUCUUUCAUAUGUAUAUUUUACACCACAAUCGGAGGCUUCAAAGCCGUCAUUUCCACGGACACCAUACAAUUUAUAUUCAUGCUUGUAGCGAAUUUGGGUAUCAUUUUUAUGGGCGUUUGGCAUUCCGGAGGUUUAACCAACAUCUACCAAUCCUCGCUAGAAUCAGGAAGACUCGACAUAGAAGCUGUGAUGUUGUUCGGUUUUGGAUUUUUAAUAUUUGGAUUGGCUAGUGUCGGUUUUGGUUUGAUCAUAUUCGAUGAAUUCAAGGAUUGCGAUCCGAUUUCCUCCGGGAAAAUCCGUAGGCCAGAUGAAUUGACCACGUUUUAUAUUUUGAGCGUAACGAAACAUUUACCUGGAAUAGCGGGGUUGUACAUUUCAGGUGUUUUCAGUGGAAGCUUAAGUUCCAUGUCGGCUUCGAUUAACGCGUUAUCUUGCACCAUUUACAAGGAUUUUGUUUCGUUCAAUUUAAACGAAGAGUGGAAGAAACACUCUUCAACUUUUAUAAGAAUAAUUAGUGUUAUGAUUGGAUUAAUUUCGAUUGCUUUGGUCUUCGUUUUGGAAACUUUGGGAAACGUCUAUCCAGCAAUUAUUAGUAUGGGAUCCAUUGCUGCUGGACCAAUGUUAGGGCUAUUUAUUUUAGGAUUGUUCACCGUCAGGGCUAAUGCUAAGGUAGCUUCAAAACUAUGA